GAAAAUAUCUGGAACAUGUGAUAUAUACGGAUCGCAGAUGCACCGUAAUUUCAGUUCUUUGACUGCAUUAACGGUGGCAUAACAACUUAUUUAAAUAUUAACAUAACCAAAAAUAUUUUUAAAAAUAUAUAUUACAGUAUAUAUCAUUAAGUACACAUAUAUGUGCACAAAAAGUAACAAAGAAUCAGGUUAUUUCAAACAAUUUUUAAUUUAAUAAAUAAUCAAAAUGCCAUUUAUGAUUGGUCAAGCACCAAUACGAAGAACAUUAAAUUAUUUAAAAGCUGGUAAAUUAAUUUUAAAAGACGAAAUACAAAUACUUUCUAUUAAUUAUAAUACAUAUGGAAAACAUCAUAAAGGCACCAGGGAUUUCAUAUUUUGGAAUUUACCACAAAUUCAAUAUAAAAAUCCAAAUGUGCAAAUUGUCACUUUCAAAAAUAUGACACCAACACCUUUUAUUAAAUGUUAUUAUGAAAAUGGAAAUACUAUGUUAAUUGAUUUAGAUAGUAAAACUAAAGAAGAUAUAUUAUUUCAUCUUCAAAAUGUAAUUGGUAAAACAAAGCAUACUUUGCAACAAGAAAAUAUAAUGCAAGAAAAGAAAGAUAAUUCUGCUAAUUUUGGUGUUGAUUGUCAUAGAAACUGCAUAUGUGUAGUACCUGGCCAAAUACCAUGUCCUGCUAUAGUACCCUUACCAUAUCACAUGCGUGGAAAAUAUAAAAAAAGUUUAAAAGAACCAUAAUUUUGUUUGUUUGUGUAAUUGUAUUAUAAUUAAAAUAAAACUAAUUGUAGCAAAAA